AUGGUCCGACUUGCCGAAGAUGAUGAGCCUGCUUGGGCGGCCAGAGUGAAUGGCUUUCCCCAGCACAGUGACUCUAAGGCAAAUGGACUUACGACCACCAAGAUCGGUGGUCUCGAUGCCCCAACUCAUCCGGAUCACAAUUGGUGGUGGCAGCGCACAGCGCCUCUCCUUGCCACCCUCCUCCGUAGCGCUGGCUCCUACACAUAUGAGCAACAAAUCGACCACAUGCGUGCAUAUCGCGAUGCUGUGGUGCCGACCUACGGACCCCCUACACCUCAGACCACUAUCCGCCCUUUGUUAACAAUGGAUGGCUCUCCGUUCGAACCGUCAUGGAAUUUCCAGAACGAUGGAAGCGUGGUGCGCUACAGCUUCGAGCCGCUCCUACCGAAUGACGACCCAGAAAAUCCUUUCCCUGGAGACAAGAUAACAACGUUGCUGCCACUGUUGCGUUAUGUUGCACCGGGAGCGGACACACGGUGGUUCGAGCAAGUCUGGUCUCGCUGGUUCGUGCAUGAAAAGAACGAGGUGGCCGCCGCAAAGGCCGCACUACCACCACACAAACCUCGAGCGCCGCAGAUCUUUGUGGCGUUUGACAUGAAAGGGGCCGAGCGUAUUAUGAAGGUGUACCUCUUUCCCGUGCUCAAGCACCUUGCCACUGGUAUCAGCAGCGAGGAAUUGACCUGGAGUACCAUUCGCGAUCUAAAGCCCGGCGGAGAGGGGUUCACCAAGGUGGUCGAUAAGUUGUCAACAUUCCUGGCAGGAUACAAAGAGCACAUACCUGUUGAGAUGAUCGCCAUCGACUGCAUCGACCCGGCUAAGGCACGGAUCAAGGUGUAUGCGCGCACGAAGUCGAACUCGAUAAAUACCAUACGCGACGUGUGCACCCUAGGUGGUCUGCAAAUGGACGAGUCGACCAUGCGCGGCGUCGAAAACCUGUCCAAGAUUUGGCAUCUUCUGCUCGACGAACCUACAGGAAUUGCUGCAGACCAGUCCAAGCCACCUCGCUUCCCAAAGGAUCACCACGUAGGUAUCUGCUUUGUCUUCGAGAUGAGGCCGGGCCAGGAUAGGAUCGAGGUCAAAUGCCAUUUGCCGUGGGUGCAAACCAACUCCAAUGACAUUCGCACCACCGCGAACUUCACCGAAGCCCUAGAGUUGCUAGGGUAUGAACGUCAUGCGAGCAAGUAUGCCAGGGGUGCCUUGGCAGCUGCUAUGAUACCUGGAAUGGAUUUCUCGAAGCCUGGUGCCUUGUCCUACACAUCGUACAACUAUGGCCGAGGCCACCUCGGCUAUGGCGACUACAUAUCUUCAUACUUUUCUCCGAUGUGCCAAGGUUACGAUCAAUGA